AAGCCUGUGCGCGGCCGCCGCCGCCGAGCCGGCCGAGGCGCACAGAGCGCGCGGGACUCACUGCAGCGGCGGCCGGGCGGCGGCGGACCGGGGCUUGGAGCGAGCCGAACCCCGCGGGGGGCCCCCCGUCCCCGGGCCACGGCGCCGGCUCCCUCGCACCCUCUCAGGGAAGGGGACGGCCCGGCUGGCGUCGGCGGGGCGCGCAGGAACCGCAGCGGCGGCCGCAUCCUCGCCGCCUGCCCGGGCCGGGCCGCGUCCCUGAGCCGUCGGGCAUGGAGCCGUGGAGGCAGUGCGCCCAGUGGCUCAUCCAUUGCAAGGUGCUGCCCGCCAACCACCGGGUGACCUGGGACUCGGCGCAGGUGUUCGACCUGGCGCAGACCCUCCGCGAUGGAGUCCUUCUCUGCCAGCUGCUCAACAACCUCCGGGCGCGCUCCAUCAACCUGAAGGAGAUCAACCUGAGGCCACAGAUGUCCCAGUUUCUCUGUUUGAAGAACAUCCGGACAUUCCUCACGGCCUGUUGCGAGACGUUUGGAAUGAGAAAGAGUGAACUCUUUGAGGCGUUUGACCUGUUUGAUGUCCGUGACUUUGGAAAGGUGAUAGAAACAUUAUCUCGACUUUCUCGAACACCUAUAGCGUUGGCCACCGGAGUCAGGCCCUUCCCGACAGAAGAAAGCGUUAAUGAUGAAGACGUCUACAAAGCCCUUCCUGACUUAAUAGAUGAAACGCACGUGGAGGAUGAAGAGGGCCUGUAUGACUGUGUCUACGGGGAAGACGAAGGUGGAGAAGUCUACGAGGACUUAAUGAAAGCGGAGGAAGCACAUCAACCCAAGUGUCCAGAAAAUGACAUACGAAGUUGCUGCCUAACAGAAAUUAAGCAGACGGAAGAAAAAUAUACAGAAACAUUGGAAUCAAUAGAAAAAUACUUCAUGGCCCCGCUGAAACGGUUUCUGACAGCAGCAGAGUUUGAGUCUGUCUUCAUCAACAUUCCUGAACUUGUAAAAGUUCAUCGGAGCCUAAUGCAAGAAAUUCAUGAUUCCAUCGUAAAUAAGAAUGACCAGAACUUGUAUCAAAUUUUCAUUAACUACAAGGAAAGGUUGGUUAUUUAUGGGCAGUACUGCAGUGGAGUGGAGUCGGCCAUCUCUAAUUUAGACAACAUUUCUAAGACGAAAGAAGACGUCAAACUGAAAUUAGAGGAAUGUUCCAAACGAGCAAAUAAUGGCAAGUUCACUCUUAGAGAUCUGCUUGUGGUUCCGAUGCAGCGCGUUUUAAAGUAUCACCUUCUCCUCCAGGAACUGGUCAAGCAUACCACUGACCCCACAGAGAAGGCGAAUCUGAAACUGGCUCUUGAUGCAAUGAAGGACUUGGCACUAUAUGUGAACGAAGUGAAGAGAGAUAAUGAGACCCUGCGUGAAAUUAAACAGUUUCAGCUGUCUAUAGAAAAUCUGAACCAACCAGUUUUGCUCUUUGGACGGCCUCAGGGAGAUGGUGAAAUUCGAAUAACCACUUUGGACAAGCAUACGAAACAAGAAAGGCACAUCUUCUUAUUCGACUUGGCAGUGAUUGUAUGCAAAAGAAAAGGUGAUAACUAUGAAAUGAAGGAAAUAAUAGAUCUUCAGCAGUACAAAAUAGCCAACAAUCCUACAACUGAUAAAGAAAAUAAAAAGUGGUCUUAUGGCUUCUACCUCAUCCAUACCCAAGGACACAAUGGGUUAGAAUUUUAUUGCAAAACAAAAGAUUUAAAGAAAAAAUGGCUGGAGCAGUUUGAAAUGGCUUUAUCUAACAUAAGGCCCGACCAUGCCGACUCCAAUUCCCACGAGUUCCGGAUGCACACCUUCAGCCGGGUCACCUCCUGCAGGGCCUGCCAGAUGCUUCUCCGAGGAACAUUCUAUCAAGGCUAUUUAUGUUUUAAGUGUGGCGCUAGAGCACACAAAGAAUGCUUAGGACGAGUGGACACCUGUGGCCGAGUUAAUUCUGCAGAACCAGGGCCGCUCAAAGCACCGGAGAAACGAACCAAUGGACUGCGAAGAACGCCCAGGCAGGUGGACCCAGGUUUGCCAAAGAUGCAGGUCAUUAGGAACUAUGCUGGGACGCCACCCCCUGCGCUUCACGAAGGACCCCCAUUGCACAUCCAGGCUGGGGACACCGUUGAACUUCUGCAGGGAGAUGCACACAGUCUGUUUUGGCAGGGUAGAAAUUUAGCAUCUGGAGAGGUUGGAUUUUUUCCAAGUGAUGCUGUCAAGCCUUGCCCAUGUGUGCCCAAACCAGUAGAUUAUUCUUGCCAACCUUGGUACGCUGGGGCUAUGGAAAGACUGCAGGCAGAGACUGAGCUUAUUAAUAGGGUAAAUAGUACUUACCUGGUGAGGCAGAGGACCAAAGAGUCGGGAGAAUAUGCGAUUAGUAUUAAGUACAAUAAUGAAGCAAAGCACAUCAAGAUUGUAACAAGAGAUGGCUUAUUCCACAUUGCAGAAAAUAGAAAAUUUAAAAGUUUAAUGGAACUUGUGGAGUAUUACAAGCAUCAUUCCCUUAAAGAAGGGUUCAGAACCUUAGAUACGACUCUCCAGUUUCCGUACAAAGAGCCAGAACAUUCCGCCGGACAGAGGGGGCCCAGAGCAGGCAACAGCUUGCUGAGCCCGAAGGUGCUGGGCAUCGCCAUCGCGCGCUACGACUUCUGCGCCAGGGACAUGCGGGAGCUGUCCCUGCUGAAAGGGGACGUGGUGAAGAUUUACACGAAGAUGAGCGGGAACGGCUGGUGGAGAGGAGAAGUGAACGGCAAGGUGGGCUGGUUUCCAUCCACGUACGUGGAAAUGGAUGAGUAGACGCCGAUCCAGCGUUGCCCCGGCACCAGAAACUUCCGAGAAGGGACCCCGGGAGCCUGCACGGCGCGUGAAGGAACCGGUGGUUCAAAGGCUGCAUUUCCGGCUAUUCCACGUCCUCCCUCCUAAGUCUUAAUCCUGGGGUCUGAAUGCUGGUGCCGACAGGUGAAGGGCUCGCCUGCGGCUGGGCAGGGUGGCCCACCAGCAGCCGCUGCCAGGACCCGGCCGAGCCAGACGCCUUCCCCCCCGGAGAGCCUGCAAACACAUCGGCCGUCUUCCUUCUCCACCCGGUCCGACGCCGUGACUGCCCACCCUCGGCGAACGUCGACCACGUGUCUCCUCUCACAUGCCACUCGCCAGAACCCUUUUAUGGUACAAAGAAACAGGAGUUUGAUUUUGCCUUUCCCAGCACCAACAGAAGGAGCCCCGCCGACCGGCAGCCCGCUGGGGGGACCCGCACGCCGCGUCUGGAGUGGCUUCUCAAGGUGCCUCGUUGCCCGCCGACACUUUGAUUCAGUUAUUCAUUCGAUGUCCUGACCAUAUUUGCAAGUCGCUUUAUAAAAAGAAAAAAGUACAGAAAAGAGUGUCUUCCCAUGGAGCCCUCCCCGCCUUGUGAUGCCACGGGGUUACUCUGGAAAUGCCGCCUCCCUCUGAAAUCAGCUCGGCCUCGCAAGGAGCCGAGGGAGGGGCGGUACCUGCAGACGCAGGUCUGGGGCUGUCACUUUAGAGAAGCAGCAUCUGUUAACACCCCCAAAGGAUGUAGUUGUAGUUGCUGAUUUUUUUCUUUUCCUGGAAAAACGAGUGGCACGAACAAGUUUGUUGAGGAUUUUGGAAGGAAAGCGAGGCUGGGCCCUGUAUGCAUUUCUGGGACGGGAGGGUCACUAAGGUGUCCCGGUUCCUCAGUGUGGGCCCCCGGCUUGGUGCCGAGGGUCUCCCCAGCAGCAGGCCCUUUCUAUUGGGAAGAUCAGUUUUUUCAGUGGAUUUGACCAAACCUUCACUUUUUUGUGUGAUAUGUUCUCCCUGUGAAACAGAGGCCCCGGGCAAGCCAGUCCGGUUAAGACACUAGCGUGGCCCUGUCCUGAUGAAAUCAUUUUUGCCGUAGCAGAAUCACGUUCAGGCGGGGUUCUGACGGCUCGUGGUCGAAGAAAACAAAACAUUAGAAGCACGACCGUGAUAGGGCCAAACUAGGAGCACUCAGUUCGAGACUGCAGAUCACGGCCGGGGGGUCGCCGCCACUCCCCACCCGCGCGAUUCCAGACUUGACCUGCGGGGCUGCCUCCCCCGUAGAGCCCCCAUGGCUAGGCCUCCUCAGUUAGGGUGGGUUCAGGACCUUUACCUCAGAAUUAUGUAAACUGUGAUUGUGUUUUAGAAAAAUUCUUUGCUAAACCAGUUAGGUGUUUGUUUUUUGUUUUUGUAUAUGUGUAAAUGAUCAUGGAAAUGAAUUUUAUAAAGCAUUCUGUAAUUCUGUACAGUGAAGUUGUAUCCUCACGGAGACUCCUGGAGCAGAUUCUUCCCUGAAGUCUUCCAGUCCAGGCCUCUGGGAUGUGUUGUCUGUUACCGUCUGUUACCGAGAAAACUGUCACACACUGAGACACGCCUGCGUGGGGAAUAGCAGCUUGUACUGUUGUUUUGAUAGUUAUUUUAGCUACUAGACUUCCUUCCUUAUCAGUGGUGUUUAGUCUUCCUGUUGCAUUUCAUGGACCUGGGAGGAGGGUCCCUGCAGAGGAUAUUAGAGCCCCUUUUUGUGAUGUUACCGAUGACGUCUUGGUCUGUGUUUGAUACUUUGUACUGGGAACUUUCAAUGCUGCGGAUUUGUGUAGAUUGAUAACACCAAAGACAGAAGUAAAUGUCUCCCAUAUACUUUGUCUUUCCACUGUGCUGCCUUGUGUAACAGUGAGUCAGAGUGUAUUUCACUUUGUGUAUUUUGUAAAUAUGUCAAUAUAAUAAAU